GCGGGCUGUGACAUGGCGCCGCCGCUCCGCCCCGCGCCUCCCCGCUAGUCCCGCCGGUCCCGUCUCGCCACGGGCCGCAACGCCGCCAUGAGCGCCCGGCAGCCGGACGCCCCCGGUAAGGCCCUCCCCGCUCCCGCGCUGCGCGGCGGCCCGGGUCGGGCCCGGGCGCUGAGCUGAGCGCUGCCGGCCUCUCUGUUCGCAGCGCUGGAGCAGCGCGGCGGGGCUCUGCCCGGCAGGAUGUCGCUGCCGCUGGGCGUGCCGCGGAGGGCCUUCAGCUACGACGACGCCCUGGAGGACACGGCGCCCAUGACGCCGCCGCCCGCCGACUUGUGCGCCAACGUCCUGUGGAAGCAGCCCGUCAUCCCCGAGCGCAAGUACCAGGAGCUCGCCAAGAUUGAAGAAGGGGAUGCUAACAUGAAUGCACCGGUCAUAACUCCUUCAUCUUCCACCGAAAGUGUGAAUAAGGUACCUGUGGUGAAGGCCAAGGCCACUCAUAUCAUCAUGAACUCUCUCAUUACAAAGCAGACUCAGGAGAGCAUCCAGUGCUUUGAGCAGCAGGCAGGGCUGAGAGAUGCUGGGUACACUCCACACAAAGGCCUCACCGCAGAGGAGACGAAGUACCACCGCGUGGCUGAGGCGGUCCAUAAACUAAAAAUGCAGAGUGGAGAAAUGACAAAAGAUGACAAACAGACAUCAUCCGCUCAGUCCACUCCAAGCAGCACUCCCCACUCCUCUCCCAAGCAUAAAAACAGGGGUUGGUUUAGUCAGGGAUCCUCUGCUUCUAUCACUGCCCCAGACUUUGUUGCCAUGGAAGCUGGUGGGGACAGGUUGCCAUCUGAAAGGUGGAGUUUUUUUGGACCAAAAGCCAUCCAGAAAUCCACCAAUGAUCCAGGAGGCUUUACCAUCCAAUCUUAUAAGGGUGCUCAGAAGCCAUCCCCAAUGGAGCUGAUGCGUGCUCAGGCUACUAGAAUGACAGAGGAUCCAGUCACCUUCAAGCCACCCAAAAUGGACAUUCCAGUCACAGAAGGGAGGAAACAGUCUUCACAUUCCCAUAAUAUCAAACCUCGGGAUCUGAAUGUGCUUACUCCAACUGGAUUCUAGGAAGAGUGGUUCUGGUGUCUUCAGGUGGGCCACAGGGUAUCUUAGGCUCUGCUUUCCUGACCUGUUGUGCUGCAGUAAAAUAGGAAUAUCUCCUUUCCAGCUCUCCAUCUCAGAAAAGGAAACAGCUGUGGCUGUCCUAAAUUCAGGCCUGAAUUGGUCUUUGAAAAACUCUUGCACUCGUACUAAACCAUCUUCUCUGCUGUACUGCACUAGUCCUAUGUGCUAUGCAGCACUAGGAGAUGUGCUUCCCAGUGCACUGUACUGCAGUAAAACCUUGAACUGUGUUUUGUGGGAGAGGACUGCAUGUAGUGUGCAAUAGGCUGGCUUGUCUACCUGUAGUCUGUCUUGUCAUGCUCAGUGCUGAAGUACCCUCAAGAGGACCAUGGUUCUGUUUGAUGUUUACAGAACACCAACAGAAAACGGUGAAAGCAAGCAAGGACUGAAAACUGGACCAUUAAAUACCAGGAGGAAUGGUACUCUGGCAACGUGAUAGCUCUGCUUUAAGUAUGCAGCUCACUUCUGUUGUCACCUUGUAGUACACCUAGUAUUUAGUUGUUUGUGGUUUAAUUUCAGAAGAGUGGAGCGCUGUCUGUUCUAAGAUGCUCUUAUUAGGAAGGCAGGGAGCAGAAUCUAAUGGGACUUGACUGUAAUAAGGAAGAAUUGUUUCUCUUCCAAGUCUUCAGGAUCCUCCAAAAAUGGUGGGAAUGGCCAGAGCUGGUGUGGCUUGAAGCAUAUGAUCUUUUGUGUGCAAAACAAUGCUGUCCUGGCUUGUCCUAGACAACAGACAUACAGUAAUUGUAGCACUCUGGCUUGAUUUUUUUUUUCUAGCAUCUUGUGUGAACCAUGUGUAGAAGUGUAUUAGACAUCAGUGGCACUUCUCAAAUACAGCUGUUUGGUUUUUUUUUGUUUCAUCAGCAUUAAAUAGAUUUUGCAGGGCUGACAGAAGGCAAAGUGGAAGAUCAAGACUAACCAUUCUAUAGUACAGUGAUAUGUAGUUUUUUUGGCUUAGUCAAUACCAGUUGCUGCAGACAGUUAACACUUUCAUGAAUAAUGGAAGGACCCUCCAGCUACCAUUCAGUCCCUUGUGCACUGUAGGUGGUGUUGCUGUGCAAUUGUUACCUGUCCUGUGGCAACCAGCCAUCUUUUUUUCUUGACAUCACAAUUGUGUUGCAGAGUGACCUCAGCCAGAAGCAGGCUUUCUGUAGUGGUGAGAGUGGCACCCUCAUCUGAAGCUUUUCUGUUACAAGGACUUCUCACAGAGUUGACUUAGGGUAACAGUUGUGCUCUGGAGUUUCUGCUUUCUCCAUCCAUCCAUGAGGGUGAGGCAGGAUUGGCUCACUUGACUAUCUGCUAUACCCUCUGAAGAAGUGUAUUUUGUGGCUCUACUUCAUCAUAAGCUUCAACAAUGCUGCCAGAUAUUGAAAAUCUCCCACUCAACUGAGCAGUUAUUGUCACCAGUCAUUUGCACCUUGGGAAUCAACCUCUUAUUUGACAUUAAUUUAUUGUCUGUGUCAUGUCUUUAAUGUGUAUGAUUUUUUUUGUUUGUUACAAGAAAAUAAAAUCCUUGUGAAUUGA